AUGACUAGUACUGCUUUCUUAGGACUGGAUGAGAUACAUCUUCUAGGUCACGGUACAGGCCAGCAGCUGUACGUUGCACUUGGAGGAAAGUUCUGCCCCACGAUCAAUGACGGUAGAAGAAAUGCACAUGUCAUUCACUUGCAAGACUGGUUGAAACAUCAUGGAUACCCAUUUGCUCUGGAUGUCAGUCUGGAAGAUAUUGACAAAGCAAUUUGCGUAUCCAGGGCCGAUAUACCAGCCGAUUUCAUGGGAAUGUGGAGAUCCUUGAAGGAAUCCAACAGCAAGAGGAAGGCUGUCGAUUGGAUAGACUUCCUCUUGUCUGUUGUUCCCACAAUUGUUAUUGAUCAUUUCGUUUUUGAUCAUACGAAAGCAGCAGUGAUGAACCUUGUUACUGCAUGCAGAAUUGCCCAGCAGUGGAGGAUCACUGCUGCCAAUAUCCAAGAAGCAGAGGAGACCAUUGGUUGCUGGCAUGCCUUCCUCCAUUGUGAGAUCGAAGAAAAGAGACUGAAGCCUACGAUUUUCGUAAUGAACCAGCAUAUGCUGGUUCAUCUUGGCUAUAUGAUGCGGAAGAUGGGCCCUCUGCAGGCAUACAGUUGUAGGCCAAUCGAAAGGACAAUUGGUGUCUACAGUGCAGCAAUCAAGUCAAGAAAGAAACCAGGAAAGAACAUAGAGAAUCUCUUGCUCAGAAAGGCAGCAAUCAAUCACAGUCUUGGUUGCCAACCUGUCAUUUGUGCCACAAAUGACAGAAGGACCAGCAACUUUGAGGUUGCAAGUAAUGAUGUUGCUGGUCCUCAACUUUGGUCUAGGCCAACUCGAAGCUCUCUGGCUGAGUUGGCUGCCACCAUUGGCAUAGAGUGCCAGGACUUGGUCCACAGUUUAGUGCCUUUCUGGGCAAGAGAAGACAUUGUUUCCUUUGAGGAAAAUGAUGAAGUGGUUUGCGCCAACAAGAUGUGGAAAGACUUGGUGGUCUAUAGAGUCCGGUUCUCUGUUGACAGCAGACAUGGUCGAGUAAACAAUCUUGCUGUGCUCAAUGAUGCCAAGGAGUAUGGAUUUAUUCUUAAAUUCUUUUCCCAAACUGUCAACAGAGUGACCAGACUCUUUGUGGCUAUCGACUGUCUUUCCAAUUUUCAAUGUGUGAACCAGGAUCUUUUCCCUGCAUGGGAUAGUCUGGCAUCUGGUGUGGUGAAGGUGGUGAAUGUAAAGUCUAUCGAGGGGAUUGCUGGCCUCGUCCACAACCCAAACAACAAGGUCAUUCGGCACAUUAUCUGGCCUUUGCCAAAAUACAACCAAUAG